AUGAACCCUCUGGAGGACAUCCCGUUUCAGACCUUCCUGGGCCCCUUGCGGGAGGAAGUGCAGCUCGUGGCGGCUCCGGAAAUCUCUAUACCGGACUGUGGUCGGAUACUACAAGAUACUGAGGUCGCACAUCCAUGUAGCUAUAGUUUUAUCUUGGUUUAAUAUGUGGAUGGAAAUGCUUCAUAAACAGUGGCUUUAUACUGUAGUUUUCCUCUCAGGAAAUCAUUUCACAUAAAUUCACUGUGUGAAAGAAAAUAUAUACACAAAUAUCACAGUUGGUAACAGAUUUAUGGGGGUAUUUUUGAGGAUUUGGAAGCAUCCUUUAUUUGCUUUAAAGAGACACAUUAAGUAGUUUAACAUGUUAAUUGGAUGAUGGAAAUAUUUGUUUGCUGCUUUUUAACAUGUUAUCUGAUUCUGUGCGUGCCAAGUCAUUGCUUUCAUCUUGCAUUUAGAGGUGUAACGUGAAGGUUCGAUGUAAGGUAGUUGGAUAAUUCUGAUGAUUAGAAACAGCAGGAUGGAGACAGAUAACUUUCAUAACAGCACUUUAACUGUCCAGCCAUCUUUUCAUAACCACAACAUAACCCAAAACCGUAACAUCCUGGACCACCCUGAUCACAUGUCACAGCACUUUUCAAUCAGAGGCUAGAAACUCUAAGUAAAUGUAAAUAAACCUCAAAAACACAUUCUGCAUAAUCUGUUCACCCUCACAAACAGCUGUAGAGAAAAGCAUCUAAACUUGUAAAUAUGAACCUGUCAACACUUUGUGAAUAGUUCUCUGUAUGAAUUCUAUAAACAAAAUGUUUUAGCUUAAUUUAAAGACAGAAAUACAUGAAUUGACUUCACUGUUAAAGCUUACAGAGGUUAACGUUAACAUUUAUGAUCAUUAAGUAAUUUCAUCGGCUCACAUAUCAGGGAAAUACACAAAUGUGUCAAAACUUAUUAAAUUCAGUCUCAGAGUCCUGACGCUGUGCCUCACAAUCAUCUCUUACUGGAGCCAUAGUCACUGUUAAUGUGACAGCAGCACUGAACCUGCUGUGGUGAAUCAAGUCUCUUCUGCUUAAAAGGUCUUUUUCUCCUGUAGUAUGGAUUCAACCUGGAGAAAUUGAUUGUAACCGGGCAGCAGCAGGUCUGUCAGACCCCUUCCUGUCCCCCUUACUGGCUGAUGUUCAGCACUCCUCAGAAGAGCUGCAGACCCAAACACAGGAGCAGUGACCAGUGGGCCCCAACACUUCGACCCCGCAGCCACAGCCUAAACUCCGCAGACGCUCACUGGCGGCACCAUCGCACUGUCAGGUUCCUCUUAUCUGACUCAGAAGAUGAAGAUGGAUACUUUGAGGACAACGAAGGCUCCUCCGCAGAAGAUGCCUGUCACUCGAUAAAGAGCAGAGAGCGGCCUCGGGGUGCAACACCCAAAGAUACACCCUCCAAAGUCAAAGAAUCUCACUGUGGUUCUUCUCACCACUGUAAACCUGCAUCCCUUCAGGGCUCCAGAGGAUCGAGAAACAAGUCACCUUUAUUUCAAGACUGCAGACAACCUUUGCAAGCUCUGGAGCAUCACAGGUUACAGCAGGCCAGCCCUUUCCCUCCUGGGCAGAAGAACAGCAAAAAGAGGACACGCUCACUGGGCUCUGUGGGCAGAAAGCUUUCUCAAAACACGCCCCCUGCUGGUCCUCCUCCAUCCAGGUUCAAACAGAUAAGACCGUCCUCUGCAGGGCCUCUGGUCACACACCACAAACAGAAGGUCUGAUUUUUUUUAGUCACUCUCUGAAUCAUAAAUAUAUUCCUCCCUGUCCUUCCAAUGACCUGCCUCCUUGCGUCUGUUCUUCCCUCUUCAACAGGCCCUGAGGACAGGCAGCUCUCCCGGGGUUUUCUUUGACUCAGCUGCAGAGUUGAUGUCAGCACUCAACCAGGAAGAGAGGGAUGUGCUGGAAAGCAUCACAGAGAAGGGCUACCCUCUUCGCACAGCCAUUCUAGCUCUGCAGAAGACCGGCUAUCACAACCCAGAUAAGGUGUGUCUCUCCAGUCUACAAGUUAAUUGUGAUUUUCAAACCUCGAUUAUCUGUAGAUUAAACGUUUCGACCAACUAUGUCAGCUGAUACCUGCCUUCUCCACAGAUACUAGAGUACCUGGUUGCAAGUGACCAUCUGUGUGAUCUGGGUUAUGAUGAAGCACAGGUGGAGGAGGCCUUGGAGAUGUUUCAGAACUGUGAGAGCAAGGUGACUAACUCAACAGUGUUUAUGUUCCCAGAGCAACAAAAGUCAGAACUUUUUUGUGAUGUACAUGUAUUCUUAUUUAUCUUCUAGGCAGCUGAGUUCCUGCACCUCCUGACUCAAUUCAAUGAGAUGGGCUUCCAGCAAAAUGCAAUAAAGGAAGUGCUGCUUGUUCAUGAAAAUCACAGAGAACGAGCGCUCGAAGAACUCAUGUCUCAAAUGGCUUAACCAAAUCAUUCGUUUUCUACUUUGUGAAGAAGAGGAGUUUCUCCAAGUACCACAUUCAAGCUUAUUUUUAAGUGACAAGAGUAAUAAGUAAACACUACAAGGCCAAAACUUUGCUUUUUAAAAUGUUUAUUUACAGCACGAGUAUUGGAAAAGCUCUGAAAAACAUGGUGCAUGUGAAUAGCGGUCAUUCCAGCUGGAGUAGAAAACGU